AUGCUUGGUACUGACGCUGACGAAGGGAAUGAAGUCGAUCGGUUUUCGUCCGUUAUUCCAAGCGACGGUAUAACGGUGGAGUCCCAGAAUGGAGGCUCAAAAGAUAUCCAGGAUCCCAGAAUCGGGGGCAGAACAUGCAUAUCAUUUCCGCUUCCUGAGAACGGGACGAAAACAACGCAAGGGCAGCGGCGAAGAUUCAGCGAUGACGCCGACUGUGUAGUCGGGUCUUCUAAGAACUGUUCUUUAGAUGACGACGACAAUGAUUUUCAUGUUCCCACACAGCAGUUUGAAGAUUUAGAGGAUUUGCACUCACGAAACGUAGACACAUCGAAGGCAAGAGGGGAUAGCAACUUCGGUAGGUCUUACUCUCAGGGUGAUGAGCACCACUUCAGUGGGAUACAGGAAAUAAGCCCUGUGAGCAGACCGUUAAGCGAAGAUGCGGAGCCGGCAGAAUUGUUGGAUGAUGGGGUGCUACUAGAUAAGCCUUGUCACAAACAGCCGAACCCUCAAGCAGAUACCAGGCUUCGUCGCGUGCUCACAGGUAACUGGGUGCGAAAACUUCAGUCAGACAAUGAUGUUGAAGAAUCUCCCUGGAAGCCGGCAUUGCCUAGUGCUCUUGGUGAGGAGUCAUCAAACAAGGAGGCUCAGAACACAGGGAACCAGAUGAAGAAAUUUAGCAAGGUAAUAGAAAAGUCUAUGCCCGACGGGUAUGAGCUGGUUGCCAAGUAUCAUUUAAUGGAGAUCAAACUGCUUGUCUUUGUUCAUGAACGGCAUAAGUCACGAGUUGUGAAGACGGAACGGAUGUCCGAGGGGACAGGAAUUGGAAACAUGCUUGGGAACAAGGGUGGGGUAGCAGUCAAGUUAACAAUCGAUGAUACAACAUUCUGUUUUGUAUGUUCACAUCUGGCGGCUCAUGAGGGUGCGAAAUUCUUGCAACAUCGAAAUGAAGAUGUGAUAGAAAUCAUGCGCAAUGUUGAGCGGAACAAAGGAAAAUAUGGAUUGCCAGUGAUGCAUCAGUACACUCACCUGUUCUGGAUGGGAGACUUAAACUACCGGCUUGACUUGAAACGGGUAAUACCUGCGGCAAUCACGUGGUCUCAUCAAGAGCGUUGGUGCUAUAUAAUCGACAUGAUUGCAAAUGGAAGGUUUGCAGAAAUAGCCGAGUUUGACGAGUUGAUCCAUGAAAUGGCGCUUGGAAACGUAUUUUCCGGUUUCCAAGAGGGUCAAAUAACGUUUUCGCCAACGUUUAAAGUGGAACGUGGGAUGCGGUACUCUUCCUACCAAUCUCUGCGUCUUCCGUCGUACUGCGAUCGUAUUCUAUGGCAUUCACUUCCACUUCACAAGAAUCACGUGAAGCUAGUAGAGUACUCAUCCGUACCGAGAAUCGAUAGCUCUGAUCACAAGCCAGUUUAUGCUGUGUUUGAUAUGGUGAUUCCACUACCGGUUCGUAUCAUCCCGUUGCCAGCGCCGCGGGAUUCUGUGAAGUGUGUGAUCGACUUCAAAAAGCUUGUUUUGCACGGUUUGUACGAAAAGCGGACGGAUGUGGAUGAUGGGAUUUUUAGGUAUGAAGUGCUAUCCGAUGGGGCUCUCGCGCUUCAGGACAAAGCAGUAGGCCAAAAGUCGAUGAAUAAUCUGCGACGAAUGGAAACCGACAUAUCGCCGAGCCAUACGACAAGAAAGGUACACGCAGAUUUUCACGGGAUGGGAAUUUUCAUAAAGGAACGGCCCUACCGGGCUGAUAUACCACUGAAAGAUGGGAGGCAACGGAUAUGUGAGUAUGAGCAGCUUCCGAAAAUUCCGCUGCGCCCUGUUGAACGGUUGGGAGAUCUGACUUAUAAAUAUGUGACGGUGGUGUUUACAAGGUUCGGGACAAAGCAAGGCAGCAGUUGUCUGCUUCCACUGAGCUCAUUGGUACAGCAUGAGGGCAAGAACGUGGCCACUCAGAUGCUUGAUCUGACGAAGUACGGAAGCGCGAUUGCCAAGGUUGAACUAGACGUGGAGCUAGUGGUUUCUAUGGAAACAUGGAUCGACUCGAGGAACAACGUCGUUCGGGUGAAAAGGUAGGACCACAACAAGUGAGCGUGCGCUCUGAAACAAAAAGGUGCCAAGCUGCAUAUGGAUGGUUGCGCGCCACUGCCUUUGUGUAUUUUGUAUAUACCGACGGGAACAAAUGGAGGACUCCGAAAAUCAUAAAUCGCAAAUUAGGCGGCUCCGAAAAACACAAACGCACAUAAAUUUUGUACACACAAAUUCCCCAGUGUCUAUCCGAUCAAGCGUUAUCAUAACAUAAAAAUCCGCGAAUUCUAUUUCUUUUCAACUUUAAUGGUCACGGUUUAAA